AUAUAUUUGCACUUUGUUCCUAUUGAUCCUCUUAGUUGUACAUUGUUAACUUUUUGGUUACAUUUGAAUUGUUAAUAUUUGUAUUUUAUUAUAGUUUUCGUUUUUACUACACCUUCACUAAUUCCCCAUGUUUCUUCCCGAACUGCACUUAUGUUGUUUUACUUUAUACUAAGUCUGGGCGGCAGCCAUUUUGGUUUAUCCCUGCUCUUGAUUGCUUGACCUGUGUUGACUGGAAUUAUGCAUUUUGGUUGUGAAUUGAAGCACUCUUCCAGAAUUGAAAACACUCUGUGUUAUAGAGCGACCAAUUAUUACCUUUUGAACGAAUCUGUACGUGAUCUAUCCAGACAGGAUAGAAUAACAGUUAUUUGUGGUGAUUGGUAAUUUUCUUGCAUCCUGUAUCAACUUUCUUAUUUCCUGUAGGUUAGAUUUGAUCAAUUGAACAAUUAUUGGUUGGAUAGCUGCGUGGUUAUAUUUGUUUAGGUAAUAAUGUACGCUUAAAUUUAUGAUAAAUUAUAGAACCGUCAUCUUACCCAAUUACUUUGUUUUGGUUUCAAUCGGGAGAGGACGCGUACCUAACUCAUCCCGACAGCUGUCCUUCACUCCAAACCGUAGUUUGGAUCUUACAGUUCUAAACAAAUAAUUUGGUCCAAUUCGUUUGGUUUUCGUUUCGCUGAUUCCAAUCGUUGUCUCUGGGAAUAUUUGGUCGUUCGCUUGCGAUGCCAAACAAUCGUCGAAGGAAAUUAAGUCCAAGGCUCGUGGAUGCUAAAAGAGAUGAACAAAAGGAUGGAUGCCCUCAAUCAAGGCAAGUGCCUUAUGAUGCUUCUAUGUGUCAUGGUUCAUAUUCUAAUAGGGACGAUUAUAAUUAUAGUGAAUCUAGUUGUGAUAUUAUGGCAGGUGGCAUAGAAAACCUUAGUUUACACGUAAAGCAAGCAAAAAGCGCGAUGCCUACGGCGCCUUUCGUAGGUCUAGAGUUACCAAAGGUUGAGUUAAGUCAUUUCGACGGUCAACCUAGAGGUUAUUGGAGGUUUUUAAAGGAGUUUGAGACCUAUGUGGAAUCAAGGGUCAAGGAUGAUGGUCAAUGCUUGCUUUAUUUGAUACAUUAUUGUAAGGGUAAAGCGAAAACAGCCAUUGAGGAUUGUAUUAUGUUGGAAGCCUCUUCUGGUUACAGGAAGGCCAAAGAGAUUCUAAAACGGUUAUUCGGACAGGCGCAUGUAAUCGCUCGAGAGACACUAGAAGACUUAUUCAAUGCUGUGAAUUUUGAUUAUACUGACGGAGAGCAACUAUCAAACUUGGCUAUUAAAAUGGAAAACUGUGCUAUGGUCUUGGAACAGAUGGAUUAUACCUCUGAUCUAAAUUCUUUAGUUACUUUGGAAAGAAUAGUGAGACUCUUGCCUCAACCUAUGCAAGCCCAGUGGGCGGACUGUGUGUAUAAAUUGACCGAAGAUGAUAGAGAGCCUACGUUUCACGAACUCACUCAGUUUAUCGCAUCGCGUGCGAGAGUGGCUUCUAGUAGAUUUGGACGGUUAGCAAAUCGUUCAAGAAAAGGACAUAACGUAAAGACGAACUGUCACGUGCAAUCGGAGCAAGGGAAUAGUUCGACAACGAAAAUUAAAUGCAGUAUGUGUUCCUACGACCAUGCUAUUUAUAAAUGUCCACAGUUCUUAGCGCUUAAAGUUCAAGACCGAUGGUCUCACGCUAAAAGCAAGGGUAUUUGUUUCGUCUGUCUUAGACAAGGACAUAGAGUUAAAGAAUGUAAGCUGACAAAGCGUUGUAACGUUAAUGGUUGUGAAAAGAAACAUCAUUCUUUGUUGCACAGCGAAAGUGAUAAACCUGGUAUCUCGAAUUGCUGCGGAUAUACUAAAUCACUAAUCAAUCAAUUGUGUUUAGGCAUGAUUCCUGUACGGUUGAAAUCGCGAAAAGCCGAGAUUGUGGGUUAUGCUCUCUUGGACAACGGUUCUGAUGUGACACUGAUAAAAUCAAACUGUUUGAGGUCUCUCGGGCUAAGCGAAGACCAAGCAUCAGUGGUAGUUGAGACCGUGGGCGGUAAUAGAACAAUGAAGGUCACGAGUGCGCCUUUUGAGGUAUAUUCUUUAGAUCGAUCUGAACAUGUUACGAUUGAAGGAGCUCUGAUUGUAGCAAGUAUACCAGGUCAUAAGCCAACAAAGUCAGCAAUGAACAACCUAGUUAAGUGGCCGCAUUUAAGCGAUGUGCCAAUAGAUAGCCUAGACUCUGAAGAAGUUUUACUGUUGAUUGGUUGCGACGUACCAGAAGCACAUUGGGUGUUAGACCAACGGUUGGGUGGAAGGAAGAACCCGUACGCUGUGAAAACGUUGCUGGGGUGAACGGUUUUCGGACCUGCGUCAUGCCCGGAAUAUAGGAAAAGAGUUGUUAAUCAUACCAGUAAGAUACAGACAUUAGAGAACGAAAUACGUAAGCCUUAUGACGUAGAGUUUUCAGAUGCUUAUUCAAGUGAUAAAUCAUUAUCAGUAGACGACAAGGUGGCUAUAAAGAUUGUGGAAGGUGGCACGCGCUUCGACAACAGUCAUUUUGUAGUUUCUUUACCGUGGGAAAAGAAUAAUUAUGAAGUAGCAAACCGUAGAUUACAAAGUUUGAAGGGUAUGUUGUCGAAGGAUGUCAGUCCGCACAUCAGGUAUAUCAAAAGUACUGAAAGUGAUUUUACUAAGACUUAUGCGGAGAGGGUCUUUGAAAUAUAUCUGCAGUCUUAUUAUCGCCCUGGAGGGUAUUUACCUCAUCAUGCAGUAUUAAACAUGAAAAAACCAGAAGAACUUAGAGUGGUCCUUGAUUGUGCCGCCCAGUUUGCAGGGGUUUCCCCAAAUGAUAUGAUUUAUCAAGAACACGAUACCACUGCUGAUUUAAUGUGCAUAUUAUUAAGUUUUUGCAAGGAGGCAGUUGCAAUCCCUGCAGAUGUUGAAGAAAUGUUCAUGCAAGUGAAGGACCCUGAGUCUGGUCGAGGAGCUUCAAGAUUUCUGUGGUGUCAGGAGGGGGACAUGUCGAAUGAACCAUCCGAGUUUCAAGUGACAUCCCAUCCAUUUGAUGCCACAUCCUCGCCACUUCGUGCGAACUUUGCCUUGAAUAAGACCGCACAAAUAUUCUCUGACGAUAUUGAGUUUAGAAAAACUACUGUGGUUAACUUGAGUAGUAUAAAGUACAACAUGUCACCUAUUCUCUCUUAUAACUCCGAGUGGUUGAAAUUAGUCAGAGCUGUAACCUGGUUUAGAAGGCUCAUCGAAUUCCUGAUGGUGCUUCGUUCCCCGAGUCAUGAAGGAUCCGUUCAUCUAGGAUGUUUAAAGGUAAAAGAGCUUGAGAUUGCCAAGCGUAAAAUUUUAUUGAUGGUUCAGAAAGAAGUGUAUGGAGAAUUACUUAGUGAAUUUAAAAACAGCAGUAAAGUAGUAAGUCAUGAUGAUCUGAAAGUUUUAUCAUUGAUAAUGCUUGAUGGGUUACUCUGAGGUGGAGGUCGACUAAGAUACUCAGAUUUCCCAAAUGCUUUUAAACAUCCAGUAAUUUUACCCAGUCGACACUUAGUGACGGAAAUGAUAAUCAGACAUUGUCCUAAAGAACAAGGACACAUAGGAAGAUCAUUAGAAAAAGGGUAUGGAUAUGUGUUUACUUGUUUGCAAACAUGGGCAGUACAUAUUGAAAUGAUGUGUAAUUUGAUUACUGAUUCAUUUAUAAUGGCUCUAUUACGUUUUAUUGGAAGAAGAAGGAAACCUCCGGAGAUUUACAGUGACAGUGCGUCAAGCUUCGUGGUGACAGUUUCUGAGUUAAGCAAGUUUGUGCAUCAGUCGAAUCAGCAGAAGAUAAAUAGUGAAUUGUCAGCGAGGCCCUCAUCCAACAGCAUGGGUGGAGUUUGGGGAAGAGUGAUUAGGUCUAUACCACAAGUGUUAUUGUUGAUCACCAGAGAACAAGUGAAGCAGGUCACCUUGAAUCUUCGGAUUAGUCUUUGUUGUUAUUAUUGUAGGUAGGUCGAGUAGGCGUACUGUUGUAAGUCCUACUCGUUCCUAUGGUGUGAUAUGUUAUAUAAUGAACCAUGACCAUAGGCAUCAAGGUAGCUUGUGUGAUAUGGAGGGAUUUUGGGGGCCGGUGUAAGACCCAUUUCGAAUGCUUUGUGUGUUGGUGAAAAUCCCUCCAUGUAUAUAUUUGCACUUUGUUCCUAUUGAUCCUCUUAGUUGUACAUUGUUAACUUUUUGGUUACAUUUGAAUUGUUAAUAUUUGUAUUUUAUUAUAGUUUUCGUUUUUACUACACCUUCACUAAUUCCCCAUGUUUCUUCCCGAACUGCACUUAUGUUGUUUUACUUUAUACUAAGUCUGGGCGGCAGCCAUUUUGGUUUAUCCCUGCUCUUGAUUGCUUGACCUGUGUUGACUGGAAUUAUGCAUUUUGGUUGUGAAUUGAAGCACUCUUCCAGAAUUGAAAACACUCUGUGUUAUAGAGCGACCAAUUAUUACCUUUUGAACGAAUCUGUACGUGAUCUAUCCAGACAGGAUAGAAUAACAGUUAUUUGUGGUGAUUGGUUAGAUUUGAUCAAUUGAACAAUUAUUGGUUGGAUAGCUGCGUGGUUAUAUUUGUUUAGGUAAUAAUGUACGCUUAAAUUUAUGAUAAAUUAUAGAACCGUCAUCUUACCCAAUUACUCGAAUCUCGAUUACACAGACAGAUGUAAGCAUCUAUCUUUAGAACCUUUAUGGCACCGUAGGCUAAAACACAAUUUAAUAUUUCUCUACAAAGCGAUAUAUGGGCUCUCCUUUCUAACCUCCUGCCCGACUAUAACCCACGGCCCAGCCUAUAGACUUAGAAACAACCCAUAUACACUACUUACCGUAAAACACCAAAAAUAAAUGCGUUGUAAGUUCUUUACAGUACGGUACAGUUUAUUGUGGAACAGGCUGCCAAUGCCUAUCCGUAACUGUGAUACGUUUACCAGAUUCAAAAAGCUAAUAACCCUAUUUCUAGACUCCAAAGAGCUUCAACAUUACCUUGAACUUCCGCCCACCAAUGAGGCACUUUAUUACGGACCGCCUAGUAUCUAGAAAGAACAAAAUUAUAACAAGUUCGACUGUUACUAAUCUGAAUAUAACCAAAUCACAGGAUAUAUGGCUUAUCAUUUCCUAUUAUUCAUUGUUUAUUAAUCAUGAUUUCAUGCUCCCAACCCUAGCUUUCAGUCCCCAAAUCUCUACAGGUUAAAUGUACAUUAUUCUUCCUAAAAGUCAUGCUUUUUUUUCUACUGCAAGUAGACAGAUAGCUCAAUCUUAUGGAUGCUGAUCUACUAAGGCCGAUCAUUCAAAGCUCAAAAUUUGGCCACAAAGUCUUCCCCCUUGAGAUAUGGAACAGGUUACUUCAUCCCGCACCAUCCUUAAAGCCUUGGAUAUCCCAAAGGGACAUAAGGUUGCGAUUUCUAGAAGCACAUACCUUCAAUGGACCUACUCUUGACCAUCAGUCGCACAUUCGCAACGCAACUCUCGUGAAGCGCGCCAACUGUAGUACUGAUUAAAACAAUCUACAUUCAUGUCUUAUAAAUUUUCAACCCAGCUAUGUAAUUUAAUACAGUGUAUAUUGUAUCAUUUGUAUCAAUUUGAUCUUGCCUGUAAACUGGCAUGCCUCAUGUAACAAACUGUUAUUUGAGAAUAAAUUAUUAUUAUUAUUACUUUGUUUUGGUUUCAAUCGGGAGAGGACGCGUAUCUAACUCAUCCCGACAGCUGUCCUUCACUCCAAACCGUAGUUUGGAUCUUACAGAUAUUAUGGGACGACAUGGAUUGGGAGAAAGAAACGAAAAUGGAGAAAGAUUUGCAAAUCUGUGUGCAUUCAACAAAUUGGUCAUAGGAGGCACGAUAUUUCCACACAAGUGUAUACACAAGGCUACAUGGAUCUCACCGGACCACACUACAGAGAAUCAAAUAGAUCAUAUUUGCAUCAACAAAAAACUUCCGAAGGACGAUGGAAGAUGUGAGAACCAGGAGAGGUGCUGAUAUAGCUUCAGAUCACCACCUAGUUGUGGCCAAUUUAAAACUGA